AUGGAACAGCAUCCUGAUGCCGAGGAUACCUCGCCAUUCGAUUCCUACACAUAUAAAAGCGAAGACGAACAAGAUCAAAGCCAUGAAACACCCGUACAAAGGAUCCGCACGCAAGACUUCACCAGCGUGGAAACCCUCCAUGUCCCACAGCCCAACAUCCGGGAGUCCGUCAGCGCCGAAACCCUAACCACCCAUGCCGAUGCCCCCAAAAAGAGCCCCGAAUGGAGCAUGACACCGCAAGUGAUCCGGAACGCAGAACGGGAUGCCGCGGCUGGAUUCAAACGACGUGAACUAGGUGUGACAUGGAAGGACCUGACGGUGGAAGUCCUCGCUGCCGAGGCUGCCGUGAACGAAAACAUGAUCUCUCAAUUCAACGUGCCCCAAUUAAUCAAGGACUUCCGUCGGAAGCCCCCUGUCAAGCCAAUUCUGUCAGACAGCCACGGUUGUGUCAAGCCUGGUGAAAUGCUGCUGGUGCUGGGUCGCCCAGGGUCAGGAUGCACUACUCUGCUCAAGAUGCUGUCCAAUCGCCGGGAAGGAUAUCAUUCGGUGAAGGGAGACGUGCGAUUCGGAAAUAUGACGGCCAAGGAGGCCGACAGAUACAACGGUCAGAUUGUCAUGAACACCGAAGAAGAACUGUUCUAUCCUCGUUUGACGGUGGGUGAAACUAUGGACUUCGCCACCAGAAUGAAGGUCCCCUUCCAUCUUCCCGAUGGCACGAAAAGUGCCGCCGACUACACGGCGGAGACAAAGCAGUUCCUGCUCGAAUCUAUGGGCAUUGCCCAUACAGCUGAUACCAAGGUUGGCAAUGAAUUCGUUCGCGGUGUGUCGGGUGGUGAGCGGAAGCGAGUCUCGAUUAUCGAGUGUCUCGCGACCCGAGGCUCCAUUUACUCGUGGGACAACAGCACCCGUGGACUAGAUGCCAGCACGGCAUUGGAGUGGGCAAAGGCUCUGCGUGCCAUGACUGACGUUCUCGGUCUGUCCACUAUUGUCACGCUAUAUCAAGCAGGCAAUGGAAUCUAUAAUCUGUUUGAUAAGGUCCUCGUUCUUGACGAGGGAAAGCAAAUCUACUAUGGACCUGCUGCGGCUGCCAAACCAUUCAUGGAAGAUCUGGGAUUCGUGUACACUGAUGGUGCAAACGUUGGCGACUUCCUGACUGGUCUGACUGUCCCAACCGAGAGAAAGAUCAAGCCUGGUUUCGAGCACAAAUUCCCCCGAAACGCCGAUGCAAUCCUCGCCGAGUAUAAAAAGUCCCCGACCUACCAACAGAUGGUAGCAGCGUACGAUUAUCCCGAGACCGAGACCAGCCGAGAGCGCACCGAUGCCUUCAAAGAGUCGGUUGCGUGGGAAAAGUCCAAACACCUCCCUCGAAGCAGCAGCCUGACCACUAGCUUCUGGGCCCAGGUCAUCGCUUGUACCCAGCGACAGUAUCAGAUCCUGUGGGGUGAGAAGUCUACCUUCUUGAUCAAACAGGUUCUUUCGUGUGUGGCCGCCUUGAUCGCUGGAUCUUGCUUCUAUGACUCGCCCGAUACCUCGCAGGGUCUUUUUACCAAGGGAGGUGCUGUUUUCUUUUCGUUGUUAUAUAACUGCAUUGUGGCGAUGUCUGAGGUAACAGAGUCGUUCAAGGGUCGUCCGGUCCUGAUCAAACACAAGAGUUUUGCGAUGUAUCAUCCUGCUGCAUUUUGUAUUGCGCAGAUCACCGCCGAUUUCCCAGUCUUGUUGUUCCAGUGCUCCAUCUUCUCGGUGGUGAUUUACUGGAUGGCUGGACUGAAACACACUGCUGCUGCCUUCUUCACAUUUUGGAUCAUCCUGUUCACGACAACUUUGUGUAUCACCGCAUUGUUCAGAUUCAUCGGAGCCGCGUUCAGUACCUUCGAAGCAGCCUCCAAGAUCUCCGGCACGGCCGUCAAAGGCAUCGUCAUGUAUGCCGGCUAUAUGAUUCCCAAGCCCAAGAUGAAGAACUGGUUCCUUGAAUUGUACUACACCAACCCCUUCGCCUAUGCCUUCCAAGCCGCCAUGUCCAAUGAGUUCUCCGACCGCCAUAUCCCCUGUGUCGGCAACAAUCUCAUCCCCAGCGGUGCUGGCUACGAGGAUGUGGGAUCUGCCAACAAGGCCUGUGCGGGUGUGGGCGGUGCUUUGCCUGGUGCCGACUUUGUGACUGGCGACCAAUACCUUGCAUCCCUCCACUACAAAGCGAGUCAAUUGUGGCGCAACUUCGGAGUUGUCUGGGGCUGGUGGGGAUUCUUCGCCGUGUUGACCAUCAUCUGCACCUCCUAUUGGAAGUCUGGUGCGGGCUCCGGCGCUGCUCUUCUGAUUCCGCGCGAGAAACUCAAGCAUCACCAGGUUGGUCGCUCGGACGAGGAAGCCCAGAGGGAGAAAAUGACUGCCCAUGAGACUACCGACGAGCCCGUUGAAGUUGACGACAAUCUAUCCCGGAAUACAUCCAUCUUCACUUGGAGGAACCUCACGUAUACAGUGAAGACUCCCACGGGCGACCGUGUUCUUUUGGAUAACAUUAACGGAUGGGUCAAGCCAGGCAUGCUGGGUGCCCUGAUGGGAUCAUCGGGAGCAGGAAAAACCACGCUUCUUGACGUGCUGGCGCAGCGUAAGACAGAUGGUACCAUCAAGGGAUCUAUCAUGGUGGAUGGCCGUGCUCUGCCUGUGUCAUUUCAAAGAAUGGCUGGCUACUGCGAGCAGCUUGAUGUUCAUGAGCCCUAUGCGACUGUGCGAGAGGCUUUGGAGUUCUCUGCUCUAUUGCGCCAGUCUCGCACAACUCCCCGAGCUGAGAAGUUGAAGUAUGUUGACACUAUUAUCGAUCUUCUCGAGCUUCAUGACCUGGCAGAUACUCUGAUUGGUACCGUCGGCAACGGGCUGAGUGUCGAGCAGAGAAAGCGUGUCACAAUUGGUGUUGAGCUGGUGUCGAAGCCUAGUAUUUUGAUCUUUUUGGAUGAGCCUACGUCUGGUUUGGACGGACAAUCGGCCUACAACACCGUUCGAUUCCUUCGCAAGCUGGCUGAUGUUGGCCAGGCUGUUCUGGUCACUAUUCAUCAACCCUCAGCGCAACUUUUCGCCCAAUUCGAUACUCUGCUUCUCCUUGCCAAGGGCGGAAAGACAGUCUACUUUGGUGACAUCGGCGACAAUGCUGCCACCGUCAAGCAGUACUUUGGUCAAUAUGGAGCCCAGUGUCCCAUCGAUGCCAACGCGGCUGAGUUCAUGAUCGACGUGGUCACUGGUGGUAUUGAGUCUGUCAAAGACAAGGACUGGCAUCAGAUCUGGCUCGACUCCCCUGAGCAGACUCGCAUGAUUACAGAACUCGACAACAUGAUCUCUGAUGCUGCUUCAAAGCCCCCCGGUACCGUUGACGAUGGGUUCGAAUUCUCGAUGCCUCUCUGGGAACAGACCAAGAUUGUCACCCACCGCAUGAACGUUGCGCUUUUCCGGAAUACCAACUAUGUCAACAACAAGUUCUCCCUUCACAUCAUCUCCGCUCUUCUCAACGGUUUCUCUUUCUGGCGCCCAGGACCCAGCGUCACCGCGCUGAACCUGAAGAUGUUCACGAUCUUCAACUUCGUCUUCGUCGCUCCCGGUGUUAUCAACCAGCUGCAACCCUUAUUCAUCCAGCGCCGUGAUAUCUACGACACCCGCGAGAAGAAAUCCAAGAUGUAUUCCUGGGUCGCCUUCGUGACCGGUCUUAUUGUUUCCGAGUUCCCGUACCUCUGCAUCUGCGCCGUUCUCUACUUCGCCUGCUGGUACUACCCAGUCUGGAGACUCCCCCACGACUCGGACCGAUCUGGCGCCAUCUUCUUCAUCAUGCUCAUCUAUGAGCUGGUCUAUACCGGUAUUGGCCAGUUCAUCGCCGCCUACUCGCCCAACCCGACCUUUGCUGCCCUGGUCAACCCCCUGAUCAUCAGUAUUCUCGUCCUCUUCUGCGGUGUCUUCGUUCCCUACGAGCAACUCAACGUUUUCUGGCGCUUCUGGAUGUACUAUCUCAACCCCUUCAACUACGUCGUUUCCGGCAUGUUGACCUUCGGUCUCUGGGGCGCCAAGGUGACCUGCAACGAGGACGAAUUCGCCUUCUUCGACCCCACCAACGGCACCUGUGCGCAGUAUCUGUCCGACUACAUUGCCGGCGAUGGGUGGAGAAUCAACCUUCUUAACCCGGAGGCCACCUCCGCUUGUAAGGUCUGUCCGUAUCGGGAUGGCAGUGACUUCCUGUCCACUCUCCAUAUUGAUCAUUACUAUGUCGGCUGGAGAGAUGCCGGUAUCUCGGUGAUUUUUGCCAUCAGUGGUUAUGCUUUGGUAUUUGGCUUGAUGAAGCUGAGGACCAAGGCUUCCAAGAAGGCCGAGUAG